CAGAAUAUUAAAAUAGUUGGCAUUUACAUGUUGACAUAUUCAUAUUCUUAUAUCAUGUGUAUGGUGUCAUUCAGCAUAUAAGAAAGAAAUUAGCUUGGAGCAGUCCUGCAGAAAUUAAAUAGUACUGAAUCUUCAUCCUUAAUUACUUUCUUGACUAAUUGUCUCAAGACAUUCUACCAGAAAUUUCGAUCGAUUCAAAUGCAGUUUGUUUCUUGAAACAUUAAAACAGAAUCCGUCUGUCUUUGGUGUAUACUUUUGCUAGAAAUUGUAAUUUCUUGACUAGUCAUUUGGGAAAAAUGAGUAUCCAGAGGGCUGAACAAACUCAUGCAUAUCAGAAGUAUGAAUUUGCUAGUGAUUACAGCUUAGAAUUCCCACAGAAUAUUGAUCAACUGAAAUCUACAUCAUGCUUGGAAUUUUGUUUUCAGCCAGGAACUUCUGCAGAAAAUUGCUGCCAACAACAGCAGCAGAUAUCUUGGCCUAAUACUGAUUCAUCAUCAAGAACAAUCAUAACCCGAAUCGGGUCACCACCUUCAGCUUUUUUUGCCACAGAGAGGUAUAUGGGAUUAACACAAUAUGAAUACCAAGACAAUAGUUCUCAACUGUCCAAGAAUAAUGAUCCUCAAUUACCAUCUUAUCCUCAACAAUGUCAAAAUGGUUUCUUAGCGCGAGCUGACAAAGAUUUUCCCAAGAUUUCAAUGCCAUCAUUCGUCAGAUCACAGUUCUCAAGUAGUCAACUCCUUGGAGCCUAUGAAAAUCCUUUCAGCAAUCUAUCGGAGAAAGAGAGGAUAGUGCUUCUUAAGAGUAAGUUUCUUAAAGAAUUUGAUUCUUCAAACAAGCAACCUUCAAUGCCAGUCCAUGGAAAUCAAGAUUAUGGUCAGCUCUCCAAUAAUGUUUGUGGUUUUAACUUGGUACAUGCAAGGCAACAAUCUGGAAGUCCAUCAGCUAAUAAUGUUAAUAACUCUGGAUGUUCUGGAGGAUCAUUAUCCAACAAGACACGAAUCAGGUGGACUCAACAUCUCCACGAUCGAUUUGUUCAGUGUGUAAAUCGUCUUGGAGGGGCUGACAAGGCAACGCCAAAGGCAAUACUAAAGCUGAUGGAUUCAGAAGGCUUAACCAUUUUUCAUGUAAAAAGCCAUCUGCAGAAAUAUCGAAGUGCAAAGUACAUCCCUGAAUCAGCAGAAGGGAAAUCUGGAAAAACCGAUAGCGCGAAUGUACAGAUGAACAGCAAAACCGGGAUGCAAAUCAAGGAAGCACUGAAUAUGCAGCUAGAAGUCCAGAGGCGUCUUCACGAGCAACUAGAGAUUCAGCGGAAGCUACAAAUGAGGAUAGAAGAACAAGGCGAGCAAUUGAAGAAGAUGUUUGAUCAACAACAAAAGACAACCAGGAGCCUAUUGGAGACACGAAAUUCAAGCAUUUCAUCUCCUGUUGCAGACAGCUUCGACAACACCAUAUUCUCAUCUAAAAUAAGUUACAAUGACAUGGCAACUGCAUCAAUUUAAUAUUUUUUAGUUUCCACUUAGCGUUUGAGCGACAGUACGUUCAUGUUAAUACACACAACUUUAAACUCAUUAAUUUCUGAUGUCAUAAGUAGUAGCCAAAUAACUAGUAAUUCUUUGGUAAUGAACAUGGGGUGCUUACUUUUUUAUUCUUAAGAGUUGUUCCCUUUUUUUCCUGUU